CACGUGUUGGAGACCCACCUCUUGAGGGGAGGAAGCAGAGGGAAAGAGGCUGCUGGUGGUGCCCUGGGAUUCGUGCCGGUCCCUCCCCAGAGACGCCCAAAUGGAGGCUCGCGGCGCUGGCACGACUGGCAGCUGCUGAAGGGCUCCGGACCGGCAGCCGCUCACCGGACCGGCCUUGCCGGGCGCGCUUUGCCUGCGGCGGCGGGGUAGCAGCCACCCGCCGGAGCUGGGAAGCGCAAUCACCGCGAAAGCUGCGCGGGAGCCCCUCCGCGGCAGCGUGCAGUGCUGUAACUCACUGCUGAACCAACAAAUUGGAAACAAUUCAUAGCAUCAAAGACUUCAGACUGAUGCCAUCUAUCAAAUCUUCAAGCUCUAUGAACUGAAACUACAAAUCUUGGAGUUUGUGUCACCUGGGUCAAAAGGAAUGCUUUUCUGAUAUUAACGAGGACUAUUACUGCCAUUAUGACAAGCCAGGAGAAGUGGCUUAACCUUAGUCCUGGAGAGUUCUCUCAGCUUCAGAAAUAUGCAGAAUAUUCCACUAAGAAAAUUAAGGAUGUCUUAGAAGAGUUCCAUGGCAGUGGUGUGUUAGCAAAAUAUAAUCCUGAAGGGACAAUAGAUUUAGAGGGAUUCAAGCUGUUCAUGAAGACUUUUCUGGAGGCAGAGCUACCUGAUGAUUUCAUUGAACAUCUUUUUACAUCAUUUAGCAACAAGAUCUCUCACUGCAGCCCAUUAGUAAAAAACAAACCCCAGCUCCUUUCUGGAGUUAAAGUGUCUGAAGAGAGAUGGAAACAGAUGCCAGGUCUGAGACUUAACAAAGGUACCUCUACAUCCCGGCCUCCUACACCUGCCAACUUGAAUUUGCCAGAUGUGAUCCAGCUGAAAGAUAUUGUUUGUUAUUUAUCACUACUAGAAAGAGGAAGACCUGAAGACAAGCUAGAAUUUAUGUUUCGUUUAUAUGAUACAGAUGGAAAUGGAUACCUGGAUAGUUCGGAGCUGGAAAAUAUCAUUGCACAAAUGAUGCAUGUUGCAGAGUACCUUGAAUGGGAUAUUACUGAACUGAGCCCAAUUCUUCAUGAAAUGAUGGAAGAGAUUGACUAUGAUCAUGAUGGCACUGUUUCUCUGGAGGAGUGGAUCCAAGGAGGAAUGACAACGAUCCCACUCUUGGUCCUUCUUGGAUUAGAGAAUAAUGUGAAAGAUGAUGGGCAGCAUGUAUGGAGACUGAAACACUUUAACAAGCCUGCUUACUGUAAUCUUUGUUUGAACAUGCUAAUCGGAGUAGGCAAGCAAGGCCUCUGCUGUUCUUUUUGCAAGUAUACAGUCCAUGAACGCUGUGUCUCAAGAGCUCCUGCGUCCUGCAUCAAAACAUAUGUGAAGUCCAAAAAGAAUACUGAUGUAAUGCAUCAUUUCUGGGUGGAAGGAAAUUGUCCAACAAAAUGUGAUAAAUGUCAUAAAACCAUAAAAUGUUACCAAGGCUUGACUGGACUUCACUGUGUUUGGUGUCAGAUCACAUUGCAUAAUAAAUGUGCUUCACAUCUAAAACCUGAGUGUGACUGUGGACCUUUGAAGGACCAUAUUUUACCACCUACAUCAAUCUGCCCAGUAGUAUUGGAAAGGCAGGCAACAGUGAAAAAAGAAAAAGGUUGUCCCCAGCAAAUGAACAAACUGGGAGAACGAAACAAAAUGCAAAGAGCAAAUUCCAUCACCGUAGAUGGACAAGGUCUUCAGAUCACUCCAGUUCCAGGCACUCAUCCACUUUUAGUUUUUGUCAAUCCUAAAAGUGGUGGGAAACAAGGAGAAAGAAUUUAUAGAAAAUUUCAGUACCUUUUAAAUCCUCGUCAAGUGUAUAGUCUUGCUGGAAAUGGACCAAUGCCAGGGUUAAAUUUUUUCCGAGAUGUUCCUGAGUUCAGAGUACUAGCAUGUGGUGGAGAUGGAACAGUAGGCUGGAUUUUGGAUUGCAUAGAGAAAGCAAACUUGCUUAAGCAUCCUCCAGUUGCAAUUCUGCCUCUUGGGACUGGCAAUGAUUUAGCACGGUGUCUGAGAUGGGGAGGAGGUUAUGAAGGUGAAAAUUUAAUGAAGAUCUUAAAAGACAUUGAGAACAGCUCUGAGAUUUUGCUGGACAGGUGGAAAUUUGAAGUAAUACCCAACGACAAAGAUGAGAAAGGAGAUCCAGUGCCUUACAACAUCAUCAAUAACUACUUUUCUAUUGGUGUGGAUGCUUCCAUUGCCCACAGAUUCCACAUCAUGAGAGAAAAACAUCCAGAGAAGUUCAACAGUAGAAUGAAGAACAAAUUUUGGUAUUUUGAAUUUGGCACUUCGGAAACUUUCUCAGCCACCUGUAAGAAGCUGCAUGAAUCUGUAGAAAUAGAAUGUGAUGGAAUUCAGCUAGACUUGAUCAAUAUUUCUCUGGAAGGAAUUGCCAUUCUGAACAUCCCAAGCAUGCAUGGUGGAUCAAAUCUUUGGGGGGAGACAAAGAAAAGACGCAGCCAUCGUCGGACAGAAAAAAAGAGAUCGGAUAAAAGAACCACUGUCACAGAUGCCAAGGAACUGAAGUUUGUAUGCCAAGAUCUUAGUGACCAGCUUAUGGAAGUGGUUGGUCUGGAAGGAGCCAUGGAGAUGGGUCAGAUAUAUACAGGUCUGAAAAGUGCUGGAAGACGACUUGCCCAGUGCUCAUCCGUUGUCAUCAGGACCAGCAAGUCUCUGCCUAUGCAGAUAGAUGGGGAACCUUGGAUGCAAACCCCCUGCACGAUAAAAAUUACCCACAAGAACCAAGCUCCUAUGUUGAUGGGUCCUCCUCCAAAAACUGGUCUUUUCUCUUCUAUCAUCAAAAGAACAAGGAACCACAGCAAGGAAUAAGUCUAUGUAGUUUAGUUUUUAGAAAAUCAGUUAGCUUUGUUGGGCUUUGGAAUAUUUAUGCUGGAAAUCUUUCAAAAAUUUUAGAAUAUCUUCUACUUGCAAAUUCAUGGAUUUUCAUUUAACAGUUUCCAUAACUGAGCUAAUGUAAAACUAUGCUAUUAGAAAAAAAGUUAUUGUCACAGGUUUGUAGGCAUUUUGCAUGAAGAAAGCAGAUGUUUACAUAAAAUGAUGCAGCAUUUUUUUUUGUUGUUGUUGCAUGCGGUACCAUUUACUAAUCUAUGGGAUAAUUCUGCCAUGGAAUAUAGGAAGUGAAUGCCAUGGGUGAUUUGAUUUUCUCUCCAGUACAUUUCUAGGUUUUUUUGUGUGGUUUUUUUCUGUUACAGUGAUGAUAUGCAAUAAGCCCAGUAGUAUCUCUUGAAUCAAACAUCUUCACAUCAGUAACCAAUGAGACCUGGUUCAGAUUAAAGUUUAUUACAGGUCUCAUUAACCUUUAUUUUAUCAUUUGUUUCUACCCUGAGAAAAUUUUUAUUCAGCGAAGUAUUAAAAUCUUAUAUCUUAUUCUGAUAACUCCUAUGUAUGUAACUGUUCCUGCUGAAAACUUCAAAUUCAAUGUGUGUGAUAUUCAAAUGAUUGUGAUCAUUCUUGUGUAGGUUUUUGCAAGACUUGAAGUGAAUGAAUGUUUGAGCAAAAAUUAUCUGGUUAAGGAGAUCAUUCUAAGAUUGAAGAUAAUAGUAUUUGCAAAAGUAGCCAUCAGUGUUGUUUGUUGAAACACUAGCAUCAUUUUAAUGAGCAAUACAGCUCUGUAACAUGGCAAAUUUUAAAAUCACUCUGCAUUAUUGACCAAUAGUAUAGUGUGUAUGCACACAAAUAACCAAAGCUCAUGCCUAAUAAAGUGCAUUUCCCACCAAAGAUUUAGUGAAGGAUACUUCAGAGAAAUGGGUUAAUGCAUAAUUAAUCAAGAACACUGGAAUGAACUCACCGUUGAAAAUUUAGAGUUCUUUUGAUUAUGUCAGCAAUGUCCAGACAAAUGUUGGGAUAGGAAGAAAACAUUAAAUUACAAAUAAGUACUGAAUUUUCAUUUAGUUCAUAAACUGAUAGACACAUAUUCUAAAUAUUGAAACAUACAUCAUUUGACUAUUGGAAAAUUAAAUAUAUGUCUAAUUUUAUUUUAAUUAUUAUUUAUAUAUCUAUACUAUCCAUAGUUUACUUGUCCUCUGAAUUAAUAUAUUAAGGAAAGGAUAAACUGUUAUCUAUUUCCCUUCCUUAGUUUAUUGCCUGGAAUCAAAACAUCUCUUGUCAUGAAUUUGGGGGAAACCAUUUUUCAGAUUUGUACUUAGCCCUCUGAGAGACUUCCUAACAGCUUAGAAAUCAUAAUACAGGGAUUUGUCUGAGGUUUGCACAACACUGUCUAAUGUUGAAGGGAAGUCCAAGAAUGGCAACUUUUUUUAGUCUUGCAUAUAAACUGUCUCAGUCAAAACUUUUGUGCAGUCUUAACGUUGUUCUUUGUUCAGAGUGAGCUGCUUCUCAUCUCUGCAUGUCUUAAGUUCUCAGAAAUUUCAUCAAAAAAUAAUGAAAAAAGUAAAACUUUGCUUGAAAUGCAUGAUUUCCCAUUUUUAUGUAGAUUUUUAAAUGUUAAUGGUUUAUCAAAUCUAUUUUUCUAUUGAUUCAUUCAUCCAUCAAAAAAUAGUAUUUUGUCAUUCUGUAGUGCACGAUAUUGUGCAUGUACUUAAAGUUGAUAUAAUUUCUUCCUCAGUGUAAGAAUUCAACAGAAUCCUAGUUUAUAUAAUAGACACUGAAAUAAAAGUCAGUAUAUAAUUGGUAAGAAUUAUGAUUUUGAAAUAUAUGAUCAGUGUUCUGUAAACAUUAGGAGGUAAAUACCGGUUAAUGUUAUGUUCAGCAUUAGGUAGAAAAAUAGGGGGGCAAUUGUUUGCUAAAAUUAAGAUCUUCUGGUUCCCCAUUCUUGGGUCCAGUGAUGGGUCCAAUUAGUUACCAUACUAGAGAACUAUUAUUUUUUCCUGUGCAUUGCAAACAUACAAACACAAAAGCAUUUGAUGCACUUGUUGACUGCAAAUAUGUGUAAUUAUAGAGGUAAAGAUAUCUGCUAAAAGAAAGAACUUGCUGGCAUAAUAUUAUAUAAAAUGCACAUAGGUUUUAUGAAAUUAUGGUUAUAGGUGAUAUUUUCAGAUAACUUGACAUAGGAUUUUCUACCAAUGCUCAUAACUUUUUGUGGCGAAGAUGUGUUUAAUGAUAAUAUAUAAUGUGUUCUCUAUGAUUAUCUCAUGAACAUUGUAUCUCUGAAAACAAAUAAAAAGAUACAUAAGCUAUUAUUUAAUAAUGUAUGCAAUUUUAAAAGUGCCAGUCUGAAUAGCAAAUUGUUCACAACAUGCUUCUUCAUAUAAAGAGGAAUGGAUGGGUAGUCAUGUAAUCACAAUUACAUACAGUUCUGACUAGAUGUAUAAAAGAUAAAUCAGAUGUUUGUCAGUAUGUAUCAAAUUCUUAUGGUAGCAAAAUAUAAUGGAGCAGCUAUUAUACUACAUAUUGACACAUUAUAUCAGUGACAUUCUGUCUGUCUGUAAGUCAUGUUUGUUUAUUUGUUUCCAGUGGCCUCUAAUAAUAUAAGACCAUGAUCAAGUUGAUUGUAUUGAUGAAUAGAAAAACUUAGAGUACAUAAAACAUGUUACAAAAGGAAAACGCUUGGUUUAAUGAAAGAGAAUUUCACUUUUUUUUCCCUUUUUUUUCCACUUCAAUGUGUGCAGAACUAGCAUUGUGAAAUUACAUAUUUGUAUAUAGUGAAGUGAAGCUAUGCAUAUAUGUAUGUAUAGAUGAACUGUUCUUGUACUGACUGGAUAUUAAGAGUAGUAACUGUAAACCUUCCACAGUUUACAGUGAGAUAUUCUUUAAGGCCUCAUUAAUGACAUUUACAAGAUGAAUAGAAAUUACAACACUGUAGGAAAUAUGUCUGGCACUGAAUUUGCAAAUUUUUCAUCUCCCUACUAGGAUGUUGCAGGUAGCCAACGUGCUGAGGAAAGAAGAUGACAUCUCAGGAAGAAAUCUAAGUUGUGAAAAUGAUUAGCAUCACUUUCAAUUCACAUGAGUUCCUAUUAAACUCAGAAUUUGGUCCAGAGACAAAUGCAAUGUUACCGCUUCCAGUACUUGCAAGAUAUUUGUAUGUAUACCGUCACCAUUGUUUAAAGCUGGGGGGGGUUAGAUGCCAUGAUUUCUGCUUAUUGGAGCGUGUAUGUGUAUACACAUGCAAGAUCAGGUAACAUGCUAAUAUGCUUAGGACUUUGAUGAUCUAAGAAGCAUUUAAUAUUAGUUUCUGAAACAGAAGUAGAUGUCCUAUAACAUUGUCUCAUUCUUAUCAACUCUGUUUUAUUACAUGUAAGUCAUACCAAUGAUUACCUAGUAUUCAAAAUUGUCUAUUGCAAAUAAAGUCAUCAAGUUCAUCAUGUUUCAAAAUAUCAGUGUAAGAAGUAAUUACAGUCAGAGUAUCUUAUCUGUGUUUGAUAUUGUACGAAAAUAAGAAAAAAAACAUUCUUAAAAUGUAAGUUUUGUUGCUUUGUUUUGCUGUUUGUUUUAUGUUGUUUUUUGUUUAUUUUGUUGGGGGCUUUUUUGUUUUUAUUUUAAUACUGAGGUUAUAGAUGCUCAGACAUUUGCAACAAGAUGGUCUAUCCAUGAUUUAAGAUACUAGAAUUAUUCUGUAACUUACUGUCUUCAAUCCCAACUUGUUACUGGGGCUUGUAACUUUGACAAAGAUCAUAGGAAAUUUCCUGGGAAGGAUGGCUUCCUGGGAAGAAGCCACUUUAAAGGAGCAUAGUCCAUCACCUGUUUGGAAAAGACUAUAGGAAAUAGCUGCAAAUCUGAAAAAAAAAACAAAAAUCCAGCAUAAUUACCUUUAGACAAGAAAUCCAGGGAAGAGCAGAGAAGAACUCUGCUAAGCAAUGAAAAAACCAUAUGCUAAAAGUGAUGUGCAAGAAGAGCAAGUACUAAGCAAUCCACAAAAAUUGUGUGGGGCCAGAGAGGCCAGGUGAAGUUAUUCAAGGCUGAUGAGAAUUGAUAUGCCAACAAAAUUGAUUAGCUUAAUCUGCAGUCUUGUUCUACUUAAAAUGAAGGAUGUGGAUAAUGUUGUUUUUUUUUUUUUUCUUUUGUGGGGAGUGUGAUAGGAGUUAGGCCCAAGUGGAGCCUCAUUGAGUCCUUCUAGUGAAGGGAGAAGGACUUGUGAGUGAAAGAAAGAAAUGAAAUCUGUUCAAAAAGAUAAAGUUUUUUGUAAGCCUUUGUUUAUUUCUGAAUGUUUUUAUAAACUGAAGAAAAAACGGCCUUGCUAUUAAGUAAGUUUUGCAAAACUGAUAAGCAGUUAGCAUGAAAAUUAAUAAAUGAAUUUAGAAAGCUAAGGUGGUUACAAGAAGAACUGCUCCAUGUUUUAUGCAAGAGUGGUAAAGAACAUGCCAGCCUCUUGUCAGAUAAUUGCUACUUGUCUCUAGCUCUCCGAGGUCUGAAAGCAUUUUGUUUUCCCUGCACAUAAGGAAGGAAAUUUCUUGUGGUCCUGUUGAGGUGAGUAAAAGCCUUACCGUAGCCCUGCCUGGAAAAUAAAUCAAACAUAUGCCAGAUCUGGAAGCUAAAUCUUCAUUAAAGAGAUGUAAACUAAUAGGUGCAAAUUCACAGCAUGUGAGGAUCUGAGGAUAUGCUGUGCAGGAAUGCUUAUCUGAUAGCGCAAGCUCUGUCCAGGUCUGUCAACAUUAGCUGGUUUCUGCCAAACCUGAUCUUGUGCUAUGGUGGGCCUACUGGGUUAUGUACCCUCAUUAGCAAUCAGUUGCUGGAUGUUGAGUUAAUUUUUAAAUAAGUUGGUUUGACCUUUUCUGUGAAGCUGUUCUAUGGCCAGUGAGCCUUCUGGAAGAAGACAAUAUUUGGGAUAGGGAAAUAGAAACAGCUUGUUGUCAGAUAACUUUUUUUGCUUGGGUGUAGCAAAAGUAUUUUCAAGUUCAUGGUGGCUUCAUGGAGACCUAUGCAAGAGUGGAGUUGUGUUUCAUUACUGAGCCCAUUGCAGCAGCAUAGAGUUACUUCUAGACUUCAUUCUUUGUGAAACUAGCUUCUGCUUUUCAGCAAGUCCUGCUCCUCUUGUAGUGUCUAUGCCAGGUGGGGCUGAGAGGACUGUAAAAGAAGAGCAGUCAUGUUUGUGUGAUAAUGGGUAAUCUUACCAGGCACCAUUGCCUUUGCAGGCAGAGUGAAAUUGAAAUGUGACUUCAGUGCCUUUCAGGAGAAAAAGACGAAAAAAAAAAAAAAAAGUACAAUCACUUCCUAUUUCAGAAAAUAAUAAUGCAUUGUAAUGUAUCAUGGAUGAUAGUGAAGUUGUGUUCUGGAGUUAAGUAGUAAUUACUGAAUUUGUAUGCGUGUGGUAGGGGUAUGGAAAGAGUUUUCCCAUUAUCCGUUUAUCUUAAUUUAACAAGAAUAGCUGAAGCAGAGAAACUUCUACAUUGACAAUCAGCUUCCAUUUUGUGAAACUGCCCUACAGCUUGAAGCUAUAAAUAGGUACGUUGUAGGCAUGGAGAAUGUCAGCAUGGUGGUAUUUCAGAGACUGCUUCCUUUCUUUCUGAUUCAUGAUUCAAAGCAACUACAUGAGAAGCACCUCAGGGCUCUCUUUAAAUAUGACUCAUACAAAGAGUAAGUGAUAAUCACUAGGUUUUCUUAUUUAUAGAAAGGUGGUAGCUAUAUUGAUGGUGAAGCAGGAGUUUCAUAGUGAACUACCUAGGUUCAUACUCACAU